AUGUCGAAGCUACGCAAAAAUACCAUACCAGGGAGAACAGAGGCCUGCAAAGAAUGGGGAUUUUUCCAACUUGUCAAUCAUGGAAUUCCAGUAGAUCUUCUACAAAAGGCUGAGAAUGGUGGCCGGAAUUUAUUAUCCAUGCCUAACGAGGUCAAAGACAAAACCUCAGCUGGUAAGCCAUUCGAUACUUACUUCCGAAGAGGAAACUAUGAGACCUUUCACCUUCGAGACUCGACCAGUCCAGGUUCCUUUGAGCAAAUGUAUGCAAAACUGUGCCCUGAAAAGAACCCCAAUUUAUGCGAAGCGAUGGCAGCAUACGCUUCGUGUGUCUCAGAUCUUGCACACAAAAUCACAAAAAUAAUUCUUGCAGGCCUAGGAUUGGAUGCCCAGAAUUUCUACCACAAUUACUUUGAAAACUGUGCAAAAGUUUUGCGUAUAAACGGUUAUUCACUGGAAAACAUGUCCAUCGGGGAGGAGGCGCUUGUCUCCCAUACAGAUACUGGGUGCCUCACAAUUCUGUAUUCAGAUGAUGUAAGAGGUCUUCAGAUUCGAUCUGGUAAGGGUGAAUGGUUCAACGUCAAACAUCUGUCUCAUUCAUUUGUAGUCAAUAUGGGGGACUCCCUUAAGGCGUGGAUUAAUGGCCGCUACCGCAGCGCAGAGCAUCGUGUUAUUUGUACAGGUUGCAGAAAGCGCAUGUCAAUUGUCGUUCUCACCACUUUUCCUGAAGAGAACGCAUUCAUGUUGUAA